GAUUCAUCUAGCAUCGCUCUUAAAGAUUCAGUUGAAUUUUAGAUACAUUCGCAGUAACAACACACCAAAAAUGUUGCCGGUAUUGUGUUUUAACAAAUUUUCUCAGUCAUCUUUAUUGUAAUUGUUUGCAGCUGCAUCCAAUUCACACAACAACAAUUUCAGCCAGAUUUCCAGUUCAAUCAAUUAAGACCAUUUGGUAAUUUCCCAAGACAGAACAAUAUCAAUUCUCAAGGUAGCGGUUUAAACAAUCAAAAUUGGUUAGGUCCUGGGCAACAGUUAGUGUUUGCCACAACAACUGCCGCACCCGGAAACUCCGUUGUUUUUGUCAAUAAUCAACCAGCUGUACCCACAAUGGUACCAUUUAUUGCCGCAGCUACUACGCCUACACCUCAAUUCUUGGACUGUUUUAGUAGAUGUCCCACGACCUCAGAGUUUAAUCCAAUUUGUGCCAGUAAUCGCGAACAGUAUGGCAAUGAGCAGAAAUUCAAUUGUGCCAGACAAUGUGGAGCAGAUAUCGAAAUCGUGCGUCGAGGAAGCUGUGAGGGUCUAUUCCCCAUUGCUAGAGGUUAAAGAAGAGGUCGACUCAAAGAUCUUCAAUUAUAAAUGACAUAAAAAUGCAUUUGAUUUUUGCUAGUUUUAAGAGGCGUAAUUUUUCAAUUAAUAAAAAUUAAUUAGUUGUUCGGUUCUAUUGUUAUUAUAA